CCGCUCAUGUGGGUGUCAGACUCCCCACAAAGAGCGAAGCUCCUGUACUGCAAGCACCCCACCGAACAAUUCCACCAAGCUGCGGUGCCCGUAUUGCAAGGCCGAAAAAGACGAACGUCUUCCAACUUGAGGCGACCUCGGGAACGCAAGGUACGACGUUGAGGCAAAUAGGCGGACGUGGGUGGAAGCCCAAGAUGGCUGGCGCGAGUUGCAGGCAUUGGACUUGGCCCCGAACGAGCAGCCGAAGCGCUCGGCGGAACCAGGAAUAGUGGCGCCUACGGGGGUUAGCGGCGGUGUCCUCGGACACCCGCUGUGGGACAAGGUGUUUAUUCACCCUGCACGGCACGUCCCCGUCGAGAGUCUUCAUGCCGAUGCGCUGGGGCGCAGGCGUUGCUGCAUUUUUUUUCUGGCCCUCCUGAACAAGCUGGCCGGGGAGUGAUCUCCUCCAUCAAAGAGUGCGUGAAGCCACGAGAGCUACAAGCCUUGAAAGACACAUGGGGAGGAGAGCAGGCCGUGUUGGCGCAACUGCGGAAGCUGUUGCGAGUGGCGUCUGCUCUGACGUUCGCAGUUCGUUCUUUCGAUAAGGCUGAACGCAAGAAGCUCAUGGAGCAUGUUGGGGACACGGUGGGGGUGUAUGCGGAAUUGCUAGGGAGAAGAGACAUGAGGACAACCGUGCACUGUGCUCUGCACUACGUCCAGGCCAUUGAAGACCAUGCGGUAACCCUGCGGAGAGAGUGUGCGCAUUGCCACUGGAGAGCUACAUAUUCGAUGAGGUUGUUGGGGUAGACGAAAUAAAAACACGUUGCGGCGAAUGGGAAAGAGUUAUAGUCAUGUGCAUGCGCCGGAUACACGCGGACACACGCGGAGAGGACGUUGAGUUUUCUUGAGCAUUUGGGAUGGAUGGAGUUGAUGGAGCGAUGGGGCGCCGGCGUGCAGCGUGUGGGAUGUGUGCGGGCGCUCGAGGGAGAGGGGGAGAGGGUUGGGCGGGACUGCG